AUGGCGCCACGGCGCACAGGGAGGUGCAAGUAUGUGAUUGGCUUGACCGCGGCAUUACUUUUUCGGCAGCAGUGUCAUGAGGCCUUUGCAGGUCUCAGGGUAGCUAGCAGCCCCAGCCGGGUCACGCGCUCCGCCCUCGAGGAGGGCGAGCUCCCAACGGGAGAUGAGCUCCUGGAGGCAGCUGAGCGAGUGCGAGAACAGGAGGUGAUUAGUGAAGUGCUGCCCAAGCUGCCUGACUGGGCGGACUUCCUGGUCGGCAAGUUCCUGUUGCUGAUGCCUGUGGCCAAGUGCUCAGUGCAGAAUCACGCGGGCCCUGUGGCCGGUGCGGUUUGUGUGAAGUAUGACGCGGAGAUCAAAAAGAUGUGCAAACAGGCCAUUACCGGCUCGAAGGAUUCCAAGGACAAGGAAACGAGGAUCUUGGACGCCUUCAAGGCGUGGGACAAGGAUAAGAACGGUGUCAUCACCAAGGACGAACUUUCGGUGGUGUUGACUUCGCUGGGAUGUUCCACAAAACCGGAGGAUCUGGAGGUGAUGUUGAAAGAGGCGGAUUUGGACUCGGAUGGCAAGAUCAACUAUGAGGAGAUGGUUCAGUGGCUCUGCCGAGCACCUCAUCUUGAGCAGUACUUCCUUCUUUCUUUGGACAUCUUCAAGCGGAAUUUCAAAGAUGUUGACGCGGAGGUGCUGAGUGUGCAACGAGAGAUGCAGAAGAUGCAAAAAGAGUUUGAUGCCGGUCCACCUGAUGACGAAACUGCCGCGAUGAAGAAAUGCUUCGAUAUCAUGCAGCAGUUGCUGAAACAGAUGGAAGCUGUGCAGAGAUCCACCCAAAAACGGAUCGACGAUGAGUUGACGCCGGUGAUCAAGAGGAGUUUUAAGUAUCACGACAAGGACGGCAGCGGCACCUUGAGCUACGAUGAGGGUAUCAUCUUCUUCUCCAACUUCAUCUCCCUCUGGGAGCCUUUUGGUGAGUUGAUGUCUGAGCUGAACUGUGCCCAGGUCGCGAUGAUGGAUCGUAUCGAUUCAGAGGCGGAGGAUGAGAAUUUGGACCACACCAAGGAUCUGGCGCAAAAGAAGGUGAAGUUGGUGACGCCCGACAAGCUUCACAAAGCCUUCAAGAAGAAAUAUGCUGUUUUGAAGGGGGAGCACGCGUCGCAGAUGGAUGCACACCACAAGGCGGCCUUCGAGCUGCUGGGGCCUGGUGGGAAAGUCACCGAGGCCGCGGUGCUGGAAGCGCUGUUGCACGGCCAUGAGAAGAACAGUGAGUUCCUAGACGCCAUGGGCCUUGGAGUCCAAGAUGUGAUGAAGGCAGCUGAACCCACAUGCAUCAUGUUGCGGGACAGCUUGGAAAAUAUCAGAGAGGCUCUCAAUGAGGUAAACCAAUCUGCCAGCGAGAUGGCCUCCAUGAAAUUGGACGUGCCGGUGAUGCCCGUGGGGGAGAGUGAUGGCCCAGACGACUGCCAGAUUGUCAUCGGAUCAUGGGGCGCCUUCACCUACUGGUCCUACAAGGAAUCUGCCAGACAGAAGGAGGAGGAUGAGAAGCGAAAACUGAAGAAAGCUUUGAAGUUGGAUCCAAACUGGAGCAAGCAGGCGGUGGCGCAGCGAGAGGAAAAGAAGCGAAAGAAACGCAAAGUCACGGCAUUUCAGGAAGCCUUGAAGUUAGAGGAAGAGGCCACCGCUGACAG